GUGAUUAAGGAGUUUCACCCUGGGGGUCGGCUGGCCAAGCACAGCUUUGGAGAGUGCGUCGACGCAGUGGGAUUCUGUCUCUUUCUCAAGACAUACCUAGAGGUGGAUGACUUUCCUGCAGAUUUCUGCCAACGCCUCUUUCGCUAUUUUCAACACGCAGAGCAUGAUGGGAGCACAAAGAUGCCACUGCCCAAAGGAGGAGGGGUCUUUCUUCGUGAUGUGUCCUGUUACUUCUCAGUGCUGGAGGAAGGACAGCCGCGAGAGAAGCUCGAAUUUACUUUCAAACUGUACGACAAAGACGGCAACGGACUCCUGGACAGCUCUGAAGUGGAUCGUAUAAUCACCCAGAUGAUGCGAGCUGCUGAUUACCUGGGCUGGGAUGUGACCGAGCUCAGACCAGUGCUCAAAGACAUGAUGGCAGCAAUCGAUGUGGACGGCAGUGGGACCGUCACACUGGAGGAAUGGUUGAAGGGAGGCAUGAACAAUGUGCCUUUACUCGUUCUGCUUGGACUGAAGAUGACAGAGAGGGACGGGCAGCAUAUUUGGAGGAUGAAGCACUUUAACAAGCCGACCUACUGCAGUGUGUGUCAGAGCAUGCUGCUCGGCCUCGGCAAGCAGGGACUCUGCUGCACCUGUUGCAAGUACACUGUCCACAGUCAGUGCGCCAACAGGAAUCCUGAAUGCUGUGCUCGUACCUUUGUCAGAUCUAAAAAGGAGAUUGGUGUAGCAGCUCACGACUGGAUCAGAACUGACUGUAACUCAACCAAGUGUCAGGUCUGCCACAAGAAGAUCAAAACUCUAGCAGGGAGGCGUUGUGUGUGGUGCCAGGAGAUGUGCCAUGAUGAGUGUCUUCGUUCUUGCUCAUCGUUCUGUGAUUGUGGGCCACUGAGAGAUCACAUACUGCCUCCGUGGGCCAUAUAUGCUGUCUCAAAGGAGGAGGACACCAGCCUGUUAAAUGUUACCCCUGAUGGCCACAUCCUGCAGAUUGUUCCAAUUCCAGACACCCAUCCUCUGAUGGUGUUUGUGAACCCAAAAAGUGGAGGAAGGCAGGGUGAAAGAGUGCUCAGGAAGUUUCAGUACCUGCUGAACCCACGUCAAGUGUACAACCUGUCCAAUGGAGGUCCUGCACCGGGACUGCACCUCUUCCGCAGUCUGCGCGAAUACAGGAUCUUGGUGUGUGGAGGAGACGGCACAGUUGGGUGGCUCCUGGAAGCUAUAGACAAAGCGGACCUCCAGGUGCACCCGCCAGUAGCUGUCCUGCCUCUGGGUACUGGGAACGACCUGGCUCGCUGUCUACGUUGGGGAGGAGGCUACGAGGGGUCGGACUUGAGAGAGAUCCUGAAGGAGAUGGAAGCCAGCGAGUUGGUUCCCAUGGACCGCUGGAGCAUCCAGGUGAUACCAGAAGACCCUCAAGAGGCAGGAGACCCUGUACCCUACGAGAUCAUCAACAACUACUUCUCUAUUGGAGUGGAUGCCUCUAUUGCUCAUCGUUUCCACUCCAUGAGAGAGAAACACCCCCAGAGGUUCAGUAGCAGAAUGAAGAACAAAUUUUGGUAUUUUGAGUUUGCCACUUCUGAGACCAUCUCUGCCUCUUGCAAGAGGCUGAAGGAGUGUCUUAUGAUAGAGUGCUGUGGGAGACAUCUGGACCUGAGCAGCAUGUCUCUGGAGGGCAUUGCUGUCCUCAACAUACCCAGCAUGCACGGCGGCUCCAACCUCUGGGGCGAGUCCAAGAAGCCUGACGGCGUUCCCGAGGUGGAGCACAGUGAGGUUAUCACUGACCCCGAACUUCUUAGAACAAUCUCGCAGGACAUGAGUGACAAGCGUUUGGAGGUGGUUGGGCUCGAAGGAGUUAUAGAGAUGGGACAAAUCUACACUGGACUGAAGAGCGCUGGGCACAGACUGGCACAGACCUCUCAAAUUACCAUCAGGACGAUCAAAGCCCUGCCCAUGCAGAUCGACGGGGAGCCUUGGAUGCAGCCUCCUUGUACUAUCCACAUAACUCACAAGAACCAAGCCAACAUGCUCAUGGCUGCACCGUCCAAACCGUCCAGCUUCUUUCACCUCAAGUAGAGUAACGGUUCCACUGCAUCCUCCAGUCUGCAGAGGAUCACAGAGGACCACCUGUAUUAGUGUGAAAAUGAUGUGGGAUGAGUAUUACGAAGAGAAUGUCCAUCGCUGAGUGUGCAGCUGUGUUUUUGUUGUUAAGUAUUAAUGUGCGUGUGUCUCUUGCACUUAAUCCCAAUGUAAUUCUGAACUAUUUGAAAAUACAGACAGUUUGCAGGUACGCAGCGACCACACUGACAGACCAGCUCAGAAGUGCAAAUUUCACUACUCAGUCUGAUCACUGCUAUUGUGUGCCAACUUAAAUGUAAUGCGUCCAUUUUUUUGUGUUUGUAAAUAAAAGAGCAGAGCACAUCUACAGUAUAUGGAUAAGGAAUAUAUAUUUCAUUAUUUUAUGUCUCGAUGGCUUUUUCUGUGGUUAAUCAAAUUUACAGUGGUGUGUCAUUGAGUUUCACCUGUACUUGCUAAUGCAGCUAGUGAAGAACUGGCUUUGUUCGGGCCUUCGUAAGCUCACUGCAGCUCACCUUGUUCAACAACAUUAUCCUCCCUGUCUGUUCAGAUAUCUUUCAGAAAAAUAUAUAACGUAUUCAUUUUUUUUUUUUUUUACUGUUUCUUAAAUAGGUGUUGAUGAAAUAAUGUGAGGAACACUUGAUUGAAUGUGUCUGAAUGGGGUUUUAUAAAGAUUUGUCGUUAGCUUCCUCAGUGUUGUUGCCCUGUAACUUGGCUGACUUUGCAUCACCUUUGUAGCGAGAUACUCCCACUGAUUAGGCCUCUUAAAAACAGUUACAAAAUACACAGAAACAUUGGGAAAUCUAACAAAAUAUUAGUGAUUAAAUGUAAUGAUAUCAUGCAAAAAUUUGUGGGGAAUUACCCAAAAUAAUCUAUUUUUUUGAGUCAGUCUUGUGUUUGUUUUUCAUUGUAUAUGUAUACAUGUAAUAUGCUUGUAUGUUCGUUUAUUGUCUUAAUGUCAAACUGUGUAGCUGUCAUUUGCAUGUGUGUCUUGACAAUAUUGUAUCCUCAUUUCCAGUGAUUGGUCAUACAGCAUGGAGUUGACAACCUAUAUUGAAUUGUCCUCAGACUGAUUAACUGGUGAAUGGGCAGAUACAGGAAAUAAUUACAAUCUGUUGCCAAACCACAAGUUUUUGUUUACAAAGAGGUUGAUUUAAUUUAGGGCGUGCUUUUGUCUCUCUGUAAUACAGUGAGAUUUUACUGUAUUUUUCAGCUAAAUAUGAAGCUCUUAAAGGCUUAAGUACACUGAACUGAGACAGACUUGUGCCGGAAGGUGCUGCAGUACUUAUUGUGAGGAAACAGUGACCCAGUUUUCAUCAAAAUCUUUUAAAGGACAAAUGGCAGCAUACUAAAAAGUUUACAAAAUCACAGGUGUAUCUUGGUAAUUUACUACUUACAGUGCUUUCAGCAAAAAAGAAAAAGAGUACAUCUGCAUGUAAAA